AUGGCGGCCGCUAGUAAAGCCACAAUUUCCAGCUCCUCGACUGUCCUCGGGUCCAUCUCAACCUUGAAUGAUCCAAAUCUACCCAAAAUGUCUUACUACUUCACCAUUCUAUCGCCCACCGACACACCUUUGUUCAACAUUGCCUUUGGCACAUCAAAGGGGGUGGUGAUGGCAUUGCACACAGCGCAGUACAUGAACCAGUUCAUCAUCCACUCAAGUCUGGACAUAUUGGAAGAAGCGCAAUGGACUAAUGGCGGAAUGUACCUGAAGCAUAUCGACACCUACCCACCGGCAGCAGCGUACAUCACAGCCUUCCUCACCCCAAGUGGCGCGCGCUUCCUCCUCCUCCACCAACCCCCGCAUCUCCCCUCUUCAACCGGCACAAGCAGUGGUCUUGGUUCCUCAUCGCUGCUAGGCACAGCAGGAUCCACUACACGCGCCUCUUCCAGCUCCAUCGCUGCCAACCCGACCUCGCCGCAAACCGAAGAGGCCGUGCGCCAGUUCAUGAACGAGGUAUAUGAGAGCUAUGUCAAGACAGCGAUGAGCCCGUUCUAUAAGCAGGGAAUGGAGAUCAAGAGUCCUGUUUUCAGAACACGGGUUACUGCUGCAGGGAAAAAAUGGCUGUAA